GACUUUUAAUUUAGUUUCUAUUGAAAGUGCAUGAUUGAGGUGCUGUUUGUGAAUUUUGAGAUGGUUAUGAGAGUUGUGGUAAGAGCUGUGGUUUUCUGCUCAAAUUAUGGGAGCUUUUGCACGAGUUGACAAGAGAGGUAGUGACAGUUUUAUAUUAGUGGCUGCUAAUGCAUGAAGUGGAAAAUGUGCAUGGUGUUAUUAUUUCAAAGUGUUGGGUGGAAGAUUGUGCUUGAGUUUUGGAGAAUAUUUGGUUUUAUUCUUGACUCUUACUGUGGGGUUAUUUGAAAAUCUUUCUAAUUUGCAUGCAUGCCCUAUUAUGAUUUUGUUAGUGUCGUUUUUAUUGUUAUGGCUGUUAUCUUUCUAUAUUGUUGUCUAUUGUGUUUGCUUAGGUGGUAAUCAUACCAAUUUGGAAGAAGGAAGAUGAGAAAACAGGAGUUCUCAAUACCGCCAUAUCUGUCAAAGAAGUUCUUAAAACUGCUGGACUUAAAGUCAAACUUGAUGACUCAGAUCAGAGGACACCAGGAUGGAAGUUCAAUUUCUGGGAGAUGAAGGUCUGUUGCUCUUAAAGUUCAAGUGUUGUGAAGUUUUAGAUGAUCAUCUGGAGUGUAAAAGAACAAUUCAUUGUCCUAAGUUUCUUUGUUCAAAUGGAAAAGCCACAAACAUUGAUUCUUCCAUUGCCCAUUCAUUUCAAUUAUGAUCUGAAGGAUAACUUUAUGAAAAGGGGCCUUUUGGAAUUUCAUAAAACAUGGUCAAAUAUUCAGGGAGUGCCUCUAAGGAUUGAAAUUGGUCCACAUGAUGUUUCCAGUGGAAGUGUGGUCAUAUCAAGGAGAGAUGUUCCUGGGAAGGAAGGAUAAGUAUUUGGGAUUUCCAUGGAACCUUCAGUAUUAGAGCCUUA